AUGCUAGGAAUAUUUUUCCUAGCAGGAUCUCUGGUAAAGUCAUGCACAGCCAUCGGUUCUUUGCAAGUCAACACAACUGUUGGAAUGUCCUACGGCUUGAUCAACGGCACAACUCCUCACGUCGUCCAGUUCCUUGGCAUUCCAUAUGCGGAGCCUCCAGUCGGCUCCCUGCGUUGGGCUGCACCAGUCAUGAAGUCUCCAGAGGACAGCAUUGAUGCUACUAGGUUCAGCCCGUCGUGUCCGCAAUUUGCGGAUUCUGGGCCUGAUGUAUAUACUGUAGACGUGCCGGAAUUCAACAUCAACAACCCAACCAGUGAAGAUUGUCUAACAAUCAAUGUUUGGUCACCUCUUACUCCUGCCACCGAUUACACCGAAAAGUUACCCGUAUUAGUCUGGAUGUUCGGUGGUGGCUUCCAAAAUGGAGGGCUAGACGUUGAGUAUCAGAUUCCGAGUCAAUGGGUUGAAAGAACGCAGAGCCACAUCGUUGUUGCCCUGAAUUACCGUCUCAAUAUCUUCGGUUUCCCCAACGCCGCAGGCCAAAACCAGAACGAAUACAACCUGGGACUUCUCGACCAACGCCUAGCUCUGGAAUGGGUGCGCUCUAAUAUCGUUUCUUUCGGAGGCGACCCCUCACGCGUUACUCUCUGGGGCCAAUCAGCUGGUGCGGGAUCUGUUGACUAUUACAAUUUUGCGUAUCCCAAGAAUCCAAUCGUAACAGGUCUGAUUAUGGAUUCCGGAACAGCUCUCCACCCAACACUUCUCACCAACGAUCCUACACACACCAAUUUCACUUUUGUCGCUGGACAGUUAGGCUGCGGUGGCUUGAAUGCCGGUGCUGAACUCGACUGUAUGCGUAACGUGAGCUUCAGUGAAAUUGAGAGUUUCUUGAAGAACUACAACGAGAACGGAACCGCGCCGUCGUUGAACUUUAGUCCGGUGCCUGAUGAUGUCGUCACGUUCUCAAACUACACUGCUCGUGCCCUUGCCGGAAACUAUACGAAGCUGCCCGCAAUCAUCGGCACAAAUACCAACGAGGGUGUCUCGCUCGUACGCUAUAACUCUGAAGGCGUUGACAUGACGAAUGCAAACUACGUAACCCUCUCCCACUUCACUUGUCCCGCCGUCCAAACCACAAAAAACCGCUACGCUCUCAGCGUCCCCACCUACCGCUACCUCUACGCCGGAAACUUCACCAACAUCUCACCCCGUCCCUGGGAAGGUGCCUACCACUGUUCCGAGCUGCCGAUGUUUUUCGGCACCUCGGGCAUCGCACAUGGAGGCAGCACGCCGUUCGAGCUGGUUGUUAGCCGCAGUAUGCAGGAUAUGUAUCUCGCAUUCAUCACGGAUGGUCCCGCGGGGUUAGAGACUAAGGGCUGGAAAGCCUAUACUCCCAAUGGGGCGGUGCUUGAGUUUGGGAAGGGAGAUACAGUGGUGGGAAAUCUGGCGAUGGAGAGUUUUGAGAAGGUUUGUGAUGGUAUUGAGCCAGUCGCUGGAAGUGUGCCUCCGAUGUGA